AUGCGUCACGCGGUUAUCCUUGUUUUUGUGUGCGGUCUCUUGAUCGCCUUCGCCUCAGCCGGUUUGCUGGGCGGGGGAGGCGGUGGUGGUGGUGGCUACGGCGGUGGUGGCAGUGGUGGAGGUGGUGGCUACGGUAGUGGAGGCGGUCAAGGUGGCUGGCAGAAGAACGGAGGAGGAGGCGGCGGUGGCGGCCAGGGAGGCUACGGCGGCGGUAACCAAGGCGGUGGCCAUGGAGGCGGUGGCCAGGGAGGCUGGCAGAAGAACGGAGGAGGCGGCGGUGGCGGCGGUCAUGGGGGUGGUGGCCAUGGACAAGGAGGAUAUGGAGGCGGCAACCAAGGUGGCUAUGGACAGGGAGGUGGCCACGGAGGCGGCAGCAAGUCUUUGGCCGGCAACCGCGGCAGUUCCGUUUCCUGGCAGGGCGGAAAUGGAGGCGGCAACAAGCACGGAGGCGGCGGAGGAGGCGGUGGCCUCUACGGCGGCGGUGGCGGUGGCGGCGGAGGUGGAAAGCACCACGGAGGUGGUUGGUAA